UCGCGGUAUGGGAAUUCAUGUCGUCAGAUACGCUAUUUGAGACGCAAUUGUGUAUUUUUUUAACAUGGACAAUACAUCAUUUCAUCUGAUUCAUGCUGUCAAUGUCACAUAGUUAUUUAGAGGAUGUUAUAAAUGUGAUGAUAACACGUACUGCGCGGUCCAUCGGACAGUUGUUGAUUUUGUAAAGUUGUUUAAGUUUAGGGUGAUUUCUAUCCACUGCGAUCCGUGUUUAAGCUGCGAAUAACUGCGAACUGUUGUCAGAAAGGUGGCUGCCAAAAAAUGGACCAAGAAGUCUUGACAACGCUGAAGCUUCUUAUGAUAGGCGAAACUAAUGUAGGAAAGUCUAGUAUAUUGCUACGAUUUACCGAAGAUGAAUUCAAUGAAAAUAUGCAGAGUACUGUCGGGAUGGACUAUAAGACCAAGCAGCUCACCAUUGACGGCAAUACAGUAAAGUUAGCAAUUUGGGACACUGCAGGUCAGGAACGUUUUCGGACGUUAACACCUAGCUACUAUAGAGAUGGACAAGGGGCAAUUUUAAUGUUUGAUGUAACGGAUCGACAUACGUUUACAAAACUUGAAACUUGGCUCAAUGAGCUGAAUACUUACUGCAACAAAAUGGAUAUUGUGAAAAUGGUUGUGGGAAACAAAAUUGAUCUACCAGACCGAGAAGUGAGCAUGGAAGAAGGACUAGAAUUUGCACGCCGACAUCAAACCCUGUACAUUGAAAGCAGUGCAAAAACUUCCGAUGGAGUCAAAUGCUGUUUUGAAGAACUUGUUCAAAAGAUCAUACAAACUCCUGGACUGUGGGAAACAACUUCAUCAGGAAUGUAUGGUAGCGAUAGUUUGGGCGGGGCUAGAAAUCGUUUAGGCAAGAGAGGAGGUGUUCAAUUGACGGAUGAUUACGAGCCGCAAAAUUACUCGAGUUGCUACUGUUCUUUAGUUUAGCGAAUUUUCUACAAAAGAUAUCAGUACUUUAGAAAAUAGGGAUACAAAAACUAAUGAAAGCUAUUGAGUGAAGUGAUGGCAUCACUAUCCUGUUACGAAAUCACAAAAAGAGCAUUGUGCAAUUGCAUUCUGUGAAUGGCUUUUGUUGUUCAUAGUUUUUGAGACGGUUAAUCAUGAAUCCGAUGAGAUUCGUAUCCAGAAAUUUCCAUGAUUAUAAGCAGUCUUGACAUAACUGAAAUGUAAAUAUACCUGUGGUGCAGCUGCUACUGCUGAUAUUUUAACAAUUGUUAAUAUAAUGAUCAUUAAAUAAUCUCAUCUUUUAUAGAUGAUCGUAAUUUAGUUAUUACUUUAUUUACACUUUGAUUAUUUUUAUUAUUAAUGAAUUCAGUGCUUGGAAAUUUUUGAAUAUUUUUUGGAUUCAUUUUGUUGCAUGGAUUGAUCUGUGACAAAAAAAAUAAUGUACUUCAAUUUAUAAAUACUAGCCUAUACCUAUCGCUUCAUCAAUUUACGUGCAAGACCUGUUGGAGAGUAUUUUCAUUUUCAAUGCUUUAAUCCUAACUCCUGAGUACAUAUUUAUUUAUAAAUACAAAAGCCUUCUGCAUGGGAAGAAAUGAACUGUAUUGCAGGUUUCAACAUCAGAAAAACAGCAAUUUUUAUUUAAAAUCACAUCAGAUAACAGAAGACUAUCUGUUGUGUUGAAACAUUCUUUUUUAGGAACAAAAUGUUCCAACUUCACAUUUGUCAGCUAUUUCUAUAUCUUGAUUGGCCCUUUGUUUUAUUACAUUUACUUUGACGUGUUCGUGUUUAUUACAAUGGCUGUUGUACAAGCAAAAGAUCUUGCUAAAAGCGCUGAUCAAGAUUUUACAAAAAAUUCUGAAUGUCAUGACAGUCCAUAUUCUGGUAACUGCUUGGCAUGUAAUGUACGCACAACAAAUCGGAGGUAUAAAGAGUUGGAAGCGCAGGUAACUUGAGUAUUUUUCCGUCGUGUAAGAAGUACAGUUUGUUGUAUGACCAAAAAUUUUAUUUUCAAUAAACCAAAGGCGAUUCUAUGUCUUCUUAACAAGAAA